UCAAAUUCGCCAGAAGAAUUGUCAUCGAAGGAUUUGUUAUCCGAAGAAUUGAAGUUGAUAAAGAAGGAAAAACAAGUUUCUGCAAUGAAAUUCAUUGUUGCUACUCUACCCAAUAUAAAUGAAUUGGACGAAAAGAAUGAUAUUAAUUUAUUAGUGACAUUUACUUCCUUGUAUAACAUCAAAUUAGACCUUUUAUAUCAUCAAUUUUACAUAGAGUUUUUAGUUGAAGAUGAUGUAAAUGACAAUCUUACAUAUACCCAAGCUCACGUAGAAAAUCUGAAAAGGUUAUUCGUAGAUUUCCCUGAAAUGAUCUUAACACAAUUGGAUAAUAUUCUCACAGAAAAUCAAUCGGUGCAGCCGAAACUACGUACAUUAUACUUCAAUAUUGAAAUUAAAACAAUGAAAGUAGAUACAAAGGAUGCCAGAAAGGAAGUAGAGGAACUUGUUAAGCCUGAAAUAGCUAAUGUCUAA